CUGAAGGGGGGGCUUUUUAUUGUAGAAAAAUGGGGUGAGAACUAGAAGCAUUUUCUCUGCUCCUGUUACUCCGAGGAAGUUAAAUCUUGAGAAGCUGAAAUAUAACCCCCUUUGGGAUUUGUCACUACUGAAAUGAGUGGCUUUGUGCAGAGCUACUUUCUCCCGGCAGAAGGAAAGAUGGGAGAAGGCGGGAGAGAGGGCGGUGGGUUUUGCUCUCGCUCGCCGUCGCUUUUGUUAUUCUGCGGCUUAGCCAGCUGCCACCUCCAAGGCACAGGCACACCCCAGUGUCAAGUUGGAGGAAGGACGAGCAACCUGGAGAAAGGGAUUGCUGAAUUAGACACUGGCGGACGCACCACAGAGCCACCAAGUAUGCGACUAAGAGCAUGAAGCAGCUUCAGGGAAUGGAGGAAGAAUGAGCUCAAGAACCUUUGGAUUUAUAAUGCAAGCAGCUUUUGCAGGAUCUCUGGCCGAUUUGCUCUCCUGCUUGUGGAUUUAAGAUCAUGUCCAUUCACAUUGUAGCUUUUGGAAAUGAAGGAACUGGAUUUUCUGAGGAUGAUCAGCAGAGAAGUCUGAUCUGGACCUAUCUUGGGAGAAGCGCUCUUGUUUCAGAGACUGACAGCAGUUUGUUGCUAAACUCUGCCAACCACAUUAGAAACCCUGCAUUCACCGAGUAUCAAGCCUGUGUGUUUGGAAAUGUCAGAUUGGUGGUACAUGACUGUCCUUUCUGGGACAUUUUUGAAAGUGACUGGUACACAUCCCGGAAUCUUAUUGGAGAAGCAGAUAUCAUUGUGAUUAAAUACUCUGUAAAUGACAAGUCUUCAUUUCAAGAAUUAAAGGACAUUUAUGCACCAUUGAUUAAAAAAGCAUUAAACCACUGUUCAGUUCCAGUCAUAAUUUCUGCUGUUGGUGCAAGACAAAACGAAGUUCCGUGCACCUGUCCUUUGUGCAUCUCAGACAGAGGUAGCUGUGUUACAGCUUCUGAAGGGAUUCAGCUUGCUAAAGAUCUAGGAGCUACUUAUCUGGAAUUGCAUAGCCUCAAUGAUUUCUACAUAGGAAAAUAUUUUGGAGGUGUGUUGGAGUAUUUUAUGAUACAGAGCUUGAAUCAGAAAUCUGAAAAAAUGAAGAAAAGGAAAAAAAGCCAUAAGUGUCAUGGAGUUAAGCCACCUCAACUUGAUCAGCCAGAAAAAAUGCCAAUCUUAAAAGGUGAAGCCUCUCAUUACGACUCCGAUUUACGUAACCUGCUGUUCUGCUGCCAAUGUGUGGAUGUGAUAUUUUACUCUGAAGACUUGAAGGAGGUAGCAGAAGCUCACAGGAUUGUUUUGUGCUCUGUUAGCCAUGUCUUCAUGUUACUCUUUAAUGUGAAGAGCCCAGCUGACAUUCAGGAUUCCUCUAUCAUUAGGACUGCUCAGACCCUUUUUAGAGCAGACCAGGAAGCUGCGUUCCCCAUUUUAAAUCCUGGCUCAUCAUGCACUUCACCAGUAAGAGUCAUUGUUAAAGACUCUUCCUUCUGUUCUUGUUUGUCAGACAUUCUGCACUUCAUUUAUUCAGGUGCUUUCCAGUGGGAAGUAUUGGAAGAACAUAUAAAAAAGAAACUGAAAGAUCCUGGCAGUAUUGAACUUGUUCUUGAGAGAGUUAAAUGUAUCUUGAAAAUUCCAGGAAAGAUCAACAGCUCAUGGAACUGCAGAUCAUAUUUGUCCAAAAGACCCUUACAGUUAUGUAACAGCAAUCUUAGGCUUUUCUUUAACACAACAGUCUUAGCUGAUGUCAUGUUCAAAAUCCAAGGUGUUACAGUACCAGCUCACAGAGCAGUCCUGGUAGCUCGCUGUGAGGUAAUGGCAGCAAUGUUUAAUGGUAACUACAUAGAAUCGAAUAGUUUUCUAGUUCCAGUAUAUGGGAUUUCGAAAGACACUUUCCUAUCCUUUCUAGAAUAUCUGUAUACUGACUCCUGCUGUCCACCCAGCAUUUUGCAAGCCAUGUCACUUUUAAUUUGUGCUGAGAUGUACCAGGUGUCAAGGCUCCAGCACAUCUGUGAGCUUUAUAUCAUCACACAACUACAGAGUAUGCCCAGUAGGGAGCUGGCAUCAACAAGUCUGAGUGUUGUCAGCUUGCUUCGAAAGGCAAAGUUUCAUAACUCUGAUUGCCUUUCAAACUGGCUGCUUCAUUUUAUUGCUUCUAAUUACUUAAUCUUCAGUCAAAAACCUGAAUUUGAAGACCUUUCAGUGGAAGAACGUAAUUUUGUUGAGAUGCAUAGAUGGCCUUCUAGCAUGUACCUGAAGCAGCUCGCGGAGUACAGGAAUUACAUUCAUUCCCGAAAAUGCCAUUGUCUAGUAAUGUAAACUGAAAACAGACAUUCUUCUUCGUGGCCUCUGUGAAUCACAUAUUUGGGUUAACCCGAAAAUGCCAUUGUCUAGUAAUGUAAACUGAAAACAGAUCUUUCUUUAUUUACAAAAAGGAGAGUCACAGAAAGGCAGUUUACUGUAGAUAUCUUACAACUUCUCAAGACUGAAAUCAGAUACUGAGGUAAAAUACUGUACUGUGAAACAAUAUAUACCGUUGCACUUGCUAAUGCAUAAUCUGUACUAAAAAGCAUGUGAAAAAUUUCAGGACAGCAUAAGCAUUUAACCAUGAUGUGACUUAGUUAUGUUGCUGACCAAGUUUCUUUCUUUUUUAAUACUUUGACUUGUAUCACCUUGUUUUGUUUUGUUUUGUUUUAAAGAGGGGCGUGGACUAUUUAGAGCAGGGCUAGGCAUCUUCUGGCCCUUUGGAUGUUAAAAGUACUACUCCAUCACCCUUAGCCAGUGCCAAAGGAUGAGAGGAUCUGCAGCCCCAAAAUCAUCUGAAGAGUUAUAGUAUGUAAAUCCCUGAUUUAGAGUGUAAUUAUCUGACUGGCCUCUAUGAUAGGGAUUUUAGGAGUCUGAAGAGAUUCCAAAUUCAUGAACCUACUUUUUUGUAUACUGGCUAGUUCUAUUAGUUAGUUCUGUAAUUUAUUUAUGAGUUAUUUAAGAAUUUUGUACAAACACAGGGGGUUUAGUGUUAGGUUUAAUAUUAGACAUUUAAAAUUGUAUAUAAAAGUUCUAUAUUAGGAAUUUAAAAGUGCCCCCCUUCAGCUGCACCAAAUUUGUGUAAUAAUGUAAAAGUAGAUCAUUCUUCCUUGAGAAAAUAACUCAGUUUUUUCUCCUCACUGAGAUGUCUAAUGCAACAAAAAUCGCACCAAUCAUUUUUCCGCUUGUCUGUGUCCUGUAAAAUAAAGAGGUGGUCGAAGAAUAGGCUGUUGUCUACAAAGUGUUUUCUGAAUGGUUCAGGUGGAAGCAGGGAAUAAAGAUGGCCACAGUUCUAUACAUCUGUAAGGCAUCCUUUGUGCCAGCAAAGUGAAGUGGAGCAAGGUGGGAUCCAGUAGGCAAGUGUGGUCUGUGAAACCCCAUAAAUGUGUGUGACUUAAAUGGGCAUAAGAAAGGGGCCAGGGAGCCUAACUUCACUGCUCCUCUCAGUCACUUUUAUCAUCCCUUAUAUCAGCCAAGUUUAAUUAACAAGUCCAGGUAAGGGCUGUAAGUACCCCCCUCAAUUCAUUUCUGGUGGGCCUUGCAUGAGGUCACGGUGCAUUCAGAUGGCGUGUCUCUGGAAUACUUCACACUCAGAUGAUUGCUUUCUUUGUAGACAAGCCGUGUGCCCUACUACAAUGAGCCUGGGGUUGUUCUUAUUUAUUCAUGUGUUUACAUAUGCCAGCAGUUUGCUUGGGUAAUCCUCAAGACACCUGUCAAUAUGUACCACACUAAAAUUCUUAUGCAUAAACACGGUGAAAGAUUGUGUCUGUGUUACCUGGGGUGAGGUUUAAACCAGGAACUUCCUGGCACAUAGUUCACAUCUUUAUAAAAUGCGCUGCACCAAUCAGUGGUCCCAUAUAAUCCAUGUAUAUUUCAACAGCCCUUAAAAAUAGAGUUUUAUAUUAGGUUUUUAAUGCUUGAUGCAUUUGUGGAACUUCUAUUGGAAAAUAAUUGCUUUCCAAUAGAAGCCAACAUUUUUUUUAAAAUCCUGUAUAAUUGAUUAAUAUGAAAUUGCAUAAAGUAGAAUCAUUUACUGUAUAAUAUGUUACACUAAAUUUUAAAUUACAAUACAUUUUGUAAGUUAGUUGGACAAGCAUGAAGAGUUCCCAUACUUUCUGAUUAUUUACUGAGUAUGCAAAGACAAAAAAUAGUUUGUAAUUCCUCAUUUGUACCCUAUAUUUGCAUGUGGUAUAUACUAAUUCUGCAUACUCUAACUAAAUCACAAAUAGAUUUAAUAAUUUAUUCCAGUGAUUUUAGCAUGUAAACGUAGAAAUAAACUUCUUAAACAAAUGUUUUAAAAUUAAGAUUUUUUCUAGAACAUUUUCACUUGGAAUGGAUAGCCACAUAUUGGAGCUUGUUACAGAUAUGCAUCAUGCUCUUGAAGUGUUUGUACCCUAUCCUAAGACCUUAUCAUAUAGUGUGUUAAAAUGCACUGACGCUUUGUAAUAAGGAUUGUGUAUAACUUGGAGGGAAAAUACAGAACCACUAAUAUUCCUGCAGAAUAGGAAGAACAAGUGUCCGAAGGCUCCUAAAAUUAGGGAAACUAGUUUGGACUUUGUAGGAUUGAUAACUAGAGAUGGAGUACCUAUUAAUGCUCAGGAUCUUCAUGUAGCUUGAUAUAAUGUAUAUUUGUAUUUGUCUGAAUUAGUUCAGCUUCAGAAAAGAAUCAGUUCUAGAGCAACCUUCUGAAAUAUAGAGACACUUUGGAUUUUUAUUUCUAAUUAUAGUUGCCUGAGAACUCUUGGAUAGCUUGACCAGCCACAUGGGCCAUUAAAAUGGCACAGAGCUCAUAGUUUCCGUGCUACUUUUAGCCCCUCUAAAGUUGUCAAAUUAUGACAUCCCUUUAAUAAAAUAAUGGGAUCAGAUUGUAAUUUUCCUUAAGUUCUAUUCAGAUGGCUGAGGGGCAAUUAAUGCAGCAGCCACUGUGCCCACUUAACUUGAAAGCAGCCUCAGUUGAACUCAGUGGGACUUGCUUCUAAGAAAAAGUGUAUCUGCUUUGGGAGAUAACUUGCAUACCUUCUGCAUUUCCAAUAACUGGUUAUUUAUUAAUUAUGGAGGUACUGAUAGAUACCAUUGUAGAAAUUCAUACAUUGAAGGGACUACUUUAAAAUUAUAUUUUUAUAAGGAAAUCAUUUCCAGUAACAGACUGUUAUAAUUUCUUAAAUGAAGCUGUGGAUAUGUGUUAAUGUGAAGCCAGCAUGAAUUUUAUAGACAGUCAACCCUAAGAUCAUGGUAAGAUUCUUUGUUACAAACCUGUUACACUAAUAAGAAUGUUUGUAGCUAAAAGAAACAUUUAUUUUAUUAUGGCAUGUGUUGAAGUAUGAAACAACUUCUUGUAAGCAGGUGCUUUAAAUUUAUGAGAUUUUAAAUGUAUUGUUUAAUUUGUGUUU